GAUUUGUAGUCCAUGGGGCGUUCCUCCCAUGGCGCAUGCCGCACAGACCUCUGGGAUUUGUAGUCCAUGGGGCGUUCCUCCCAUGGCGCAUGCCGCACAGACCUCUGGGAUUUGUAGUCCAUGGGGCGUUCCUCCCAUGGCGCAUGCCGCACAGACCUCUGGGAUUUGUAGUCCCCCCAGUGACAGGCGACGUUGGUUUCCCAGAUAACGCGUAGAACGGAAACUACAACACCCAAGAUGCACCGGUCCAUGGGGUUUGACAACACUUGGCAAAGUAGACCAAUCACACUUGUAAGAUAUUAUAAAUCGUCUCAAAGCAAGAAAGAAGAUGACAUUUGCGAGAGAUUAUGGCAUUUGGCUGCAUUGAAAAACAAGAAUAGCAGGGAUAAUUGGAGGUUGGAAGGCGGGUGACUUCCGGUACGCUGCGUAUCCGGGUCGCGGCGCGCCGAUGUCCCGCUCUUUGGGUCCCGUCGGCGCUGCUGUUAUUUAUUUAAUGUCGGGAUUAACGGCGCGCAGCCCGGCCUGGUCCGCAGCUCAGCCCCGGAGCGCCGUCGCUUCUCUCCCCGCCGCGGCUGGGCCCGGCUAGGCGGCGAUCGGGGAGGGUCGGUGUGUGUGUAUCUGAAGAAAAAAAAAAUCCGUCGGUCGAUAAUAAUCAUCAUCGUUAUCGAGAGUGAGAGAGAGAGAGAGAGUGAGAGAGGCGGUUGGGGAUGAAGAAAUUCUUCGACUCGCGGCGGGAGGCGGCGGGCUCGGGUGGCGGCGGCGGCGGCAGCAGCGGCGGCGGCGGCUCCGGCUCCUGCCCCGGCAGCGGCUUCAUCGGCCGCGUCUUCUGCGUGGGCCGGCAGCAUGUCACGGUGGAGGAGGUGGUGGCUGAAGGUGGUUUUGCCAUAGUAUUCCUGGUGAAGACUCACAAUGGUGUUAAAAGUGCACUGAAAAGAAUGUAUGUUAACAAUGAACAUGACCUGCAGGUGUGCAAGAGAGAAAUUCAGAUAAUGAGGGACCUGGCGGGGCAUAAGAACAUUGUUGGGUAUAUCGAUUCCAGCACAACGGCUGUAGGCUCUGGAGAAGUCUGGGAAGUGCUGAUCCUCAUGGAUUUUUGUCGAGGAGGUCAAGUUGUGAACCUGAUGAACCAGCGGCUACAAACAGGAUUCACUGAGAAUGAGGUGUUGCAGAUAUUUUGCGAUACAUGUGAAGCAGUCGCAAGGUUGCAUCAGUGCAAGACCCCCAUCAUUCACCGAGAUCUAAAGGUUGAAAAUAUAUUGCUUCAUGACAAAGGGCACUAUGUUCUCUGUGAUUUUGGAAGUGCAACCAAUAAAUUCCAGAAUCCACAGGUCGAAGGAGUCAACAUUGUAGAAGAUGAAAUUAAAAAGUACACAACUCUGUCCUACCGAGCUCCUGAAAUGGUAAACCUUUACUGUGGCAAAGCUAUCACCACAAAAGCUGAUGUAUGGGCACUUGGAUGUUUAUUGUACAAACUCUGCUUUUUUACACUACCAUUUGGAGAAAGCCAGGUUGCAAUCUGUGAUGGAAACUUCACAAUCCCGGAUAACUCCAAGUACUCCAGCGACAUGCACUGCCUAAUAAGAUUCAUGCUUGAACCAGACCCUGACAAGAGGCCAGAUAUUUAUCAGGUGUCCCACUUUGCUUUUAAACAAAUUAGGAAGGAAUGCCCUGUUCAGAACGCUGGUAACUCACCCAUUCCAGCAAAGCUUGUUGAGCCAGUGAAAGCCAGUGAAGCGGCUGCUAAGAAGACACAGCCCAAGGCGAGGCUUACAGACCCAACUCCUCCCACUGAGACCUCAAUAGCUCCUCGCCAAAGGCCCAAAGCUGGGCAGGCUCCAGCCAACCCAGGGAUGCUACCGAUUCAGCCCUCGCUGACACCACGAAAGAGGCCGUCUGCCCAGGCAGUUGUACCACCAGCAGGUAUUGUACUUGGCACUGCUCAUAAUAACCAACCCCCUGGCCUGCAACCAGCCCUGCAACAAUCAAAACCUCAGCUACAACAACCACAACUGUUGCUGCAGAAAAAGCAGACGCAGGCAGUGGCACUGCAGAAACAGGCACAGGCACAGGCACAACCUCAGCCGCAAGCAACUGCGCAGCAGAAGCUGCCUCAAGCAACAGUGCAGCCUCCUCCAGUCACGCAACAAACUCCAGUGCAACCACAGCUCUUCCUCCAGCAAUCACAGCUUCUACAGCAGCAGCAAUACCAGCAGCAACAGCAGCAGCAGCAGAUAAUGGCGCAGCAGUACCACGCGAUACAGCAAGGCCAGCAACAAGUAAUGCAACAUCAGAUGGUGCAGAAUUUCUAUCUCCAGCAACACCAGCUUUCCACAGCCAUGCAGCAGAUGCAGUUUGCGAGCCAGCACCCUGCUAAUGUCCAGCCGCAGCUGACUGCAGCACACACACAAUUGCCCCUUCCGCAGCAACAUGCUGCAGGUGCACAAGCAGCCUCUCAGGAACAGGGAAUGACCCAGGUUCCACUGCCGCAGCCACCGCCUCCACCACCACCGCCGCAGGUGGCACCAAACCAGUCUCCAAAACUGGUGCCGGUGUCUGUGACUCCUCCGUUGUCCCCCAAGACUCAGCGUGCAGGGCACAGGAGGAUUCUGAGCGAUGUCACGUACAGUGCAGUAUUUGGAGUUCCAGUCAGUAAAUCAACCCAGCUGCUGGCUGCUGCUGCUGCAGAGGCUGGCUUAAACAAAUCCAAGUCAGCAACCACCACUCCCUCAGGCUCUCCUAGGACUUCCCAACAAAAUGUGUACAAUCCUCCUGAUGUUUCUACAUGGAACCCAUUUGCUGAUGACAAUUUCUCCAAGCUUACUGCAGAGGAACUACUCAACAAGGACUUUGAAAAGCUCAAAGAGAGCAAGGUUGAAAAGACUGAUGCAGCCACUGAGAGUCUUAUGCCAGGGCUUCCAGCUACGCAGGUGCAGGUGCAGGCAGAUGCUUUUGGAAUAGAUCCCUUUUCCUCUGGGACAGCUGAAAAGUCUUCAGAACUACUGGUUCCAGAUGCUGCCAUUCCACCAAUUAACGCGCCCGAUCCAUUCACUCCUGUACCAUCAUCUGACCCGCCAGAAAAGCUCAUAGAGGGUCUGAAGUCCCCUGAGACUUCCUUUCUGCUUCCUGACCUUCUAUCUCUUGCUGACCCCUUUGGGAGUAAUGAGGAUAAUAUCAAUGGAAAUGCUGAGGUAGUGGUGGGAAAUCUCAUACCUGGAUUUGAGUCUACAAAGACUCAGCAACUGGCACCACUGCAAGUGGAAGCUUUGGGUGCCGUGGCCGUUAUAAACUCCUCAGACUCUCUCACUGGGGAGGACUCCAUUCUUGACUACUCUCUCCUCUCUAACCCGGUGACUGAAAUUAUUGAUGAAUUUUCUCCUGUAGUUCCAUCUGGGCAGGUGAAGCAAGAGGAUACUAACCUCAUCUCAGACUUUGAUCUUUCUAUUAAAAAUGACAAAGUGGAAGAUGAUGAAUUUGACCCCAUUCCUGUGUUGUCAAAAAAUUCACAAGGUGGCCAUUCUAGAAACAACAGUGGGAGCUCUGAAUCCAGUCUUCCCAACUUAGCUAGGUCUUUACUGCUUGUGGAUCAACUGAUAGACCUGUAGGAUGGCCCAGCAAGCACGUUAAAUUCAGCAGCCCUCUGCACCGCCAUUUGCAUCUCCCUCUGGAUUGUCCAUGCAAUCUGUGACAAGGUUUCAUUGACUGAGGAAAUAGGUUGCAUUUUCAUUUUGCUAUCUUGCCAUUGUGUCCUGUCUAAUAAGCAUGACCUUUCUGACAUUUUCUUUCAUCUUUGAAAUUGAUAUAAUUUUGCCAUUUUAGCAAAAGUACGGUCAUAUUGAUUAUUAAGAUGGUGUCUUUUUCAAAGUAAAUUCUGCAAAAUCCUAGAAAGGGUAGAUAGGCAUUAAUUAAUUUAACAGAAUUCAGUGUACAAAACACAAUAGUGCAUUCUGUCCUGAUCCCAACUUUUAAGCAAACUUGGUUUUGCUUUUCCAUACUGUUAAAUUAUUUAUUUUCAUGGAAAAAUGAGUGGGGUAUUUACUAGCAAAAUCAAUAGAUCUUUUUGGAAUGCUUUCUCUUAACAGGUCAAGUCAUUGACGGUAUUGUUGGAUACAGGAAUAUCAUUUGUAUGGUUUCUGUAUCGAACUGCAAGUUUUGAACAGUACAUGUCAAAAACUAACAGUGUUAGAGUGAUGUACAAUUACUAAUGUCAGUAUAUUGUUGAGUGUGUCCCUGCUUUGAUGAAAUUAUUAGGCACUUGACACUAUUAGCCCUUCCACAGACAAAAUCUGUGGAUUUAGUCAGGUAAAAAAAAACUCUGAAAUAUAUUAACCCUAUAAAGUGGAAGUAGCUGUGAUAUGGGCAAAUCUGGACUUGAUGUAUGUUGAAAUUCUCUGAAAGUCCAAUCUACCCAUCCUUGUAUUACAUAGAAAGAUUACAUUCAACACCGACUCACUGAGGAAGUUGAAAACUCUUCCUGAUGCAAUUAAAACAAAAUUAUAACAAAGAGCUGCCAAAUAGGAAUUGUUGAUGUAGUGGUGGAGGUUGAUAUCUGCAGAGUGUAGGGGCACAUUGUGAAAUUUGGAUCUAAAUAACUACCCAGUGGAUUAUAUUUCUUAAUACAAAUUGGAAUCUUAUGAAGAAAUAGGAUUUUAAUAAUAGUCAAGAAUUUUGGUUGCUGCCCUACUUCCUUGCAUUCUUAUCUCGAAUGCCAUGUAGUGUUUUGUGACUUGCAUGGAGUAUUCCAAAACUCUGUGCCCUUUGCCCUCCCUGUCAUCAAAUGCAGGUGAGACUUUUGGCCUUUGAAGUUCCAUUAAAUCUAAAUAUAGAUCUAAAUAAAAAUAAGUUAUUGAGUAAUUCUGUAAAUUAAGUGGUUUAAAAUGAAGCAGUGUCAGCAUAUAGCCAACUGUGUUGAGGCAAGCUGUGCCUUGUUAUCCAAAACUGAUGUAAUCUUGUAAAUGUUGACACUGUUCAAAAUGUGACUGAUUAUGAUGAUUCAAUGAUCAAAUUCACUAUCACACAGUGCCUCUGCAGAUCUGUGGAGUUCAAAGGUCUUUUAUUGUCACGUGUACCAAUUAAGGUACAGUUUUAUCUCUCAUCAGUGUUAUUGUGUGUUAGGAGGAGGACCAGGAUUUCUGUUUGAAGUAAUAUUGGGUUCUUUCCUCAGUGUGUACAAUGAAAAGUUUGGUCCUGAUAAAUUGUCCAAUUUUCCUUCCUGGAUGCCUAGUAUCCUCAUAGAACUGUACGAUCCCUCUUUAAUUUUGGUGGCUCUUUUGUGAAAGAUUGGUGCAGUAACUCCAGAGUUUCCAAGUGCCAGACACCAGAGCAGUAAGACUAGAUUUUUACCUUUCACCUGCUUAUAUACCCUGGGCACAGAUUGGAGAUUCAGUGUGAACAGUACCUUUUACAUUAGUCACUGUCGAAGUCUCUCGUUAUGAACUGUUCUCCAGCUCUGAUUUUAUAAGCGGGAAGGAUUGAUGUUAAAGUUUGAAUUAGUACUGUAUUGGUUUACUAUUGUCAUGUAUACCGAGAUACAGUGAAAAACUUUGCCCAUGGUCCAAGCAAAUCAAACCAGACAUGAAUACAUCAGGUCGUACAAAUGAGGAAAAGAAACAAGAUUUCAGCAUAGAGUAUUGCAGCUAUAGAUUAAGUGCACAUCUUUUUGAAAAGUGCAAGGGCUGUAAUGAGAUAGAUUGAAACAUUGAGAACUCAGCCCUAACAAAUGAGAGGUCUAUUCAAGAGUUUGAUAACAGCAAAAGAAGCUGUUCUUGAAUAUGGCAUUUUCAAGCUUUAGUAUCUUCUGCCUGAUGGGAGAGGGAAUGACGGGGGGGUGGGGUGAGCGUUCCUAUCUAUGAGUACUGUGUUUACAGACCUAUUAUGCUGCUGCAAGUAAGAAUUUAGUCGUUCUGUUUUUGGUACAUAUGUCAAUUUAAACCAACUCUUGGCUGCUUUCAAGGCAAAAGCAGGAAGUAAUGAUAGAUGUGAGAUAGAACACAUAACAAACACAGUUGUCAAAGUUAACCAAGAUCAUUGAAGGUAGUUGUCACUGAAGGGUUUAAGAUGAGGCCAUCUUGAGAGAAAAAUUGUGAUUUGACUGGAUGAAAAUGAAACUGAUCAUCAAGAUUGGAUGAAAUGAAAACUUUAAAUUAUUUUUAAAGAAAUAUGAGGAAUGAAAUAUAAUUUUGGGCAUAACCUACAGAUUAUUCAUUCAUGUACAGAAAUGCUCUUAUUAGUUCAUGCACUGUGUUUUCUAUCAAAUAUUACUGUAUCAUAGAAUGGUUACAAUAUGGAAGGAAACUAUUUGACAUGCCAUUCAGGUUCUAUGCAAGAACAGUUCCACAAGUCUAAUUUCCACAUCCUCUCCCAACAGCCCUCCAAAAUCUUUUGUUUUUGGAUACUUAUCCAGUCUGUUUGACUCUACCUAGUAGUGGCAGUAGUUUCAAAUGUAAUGUAUUCUAAAUCCAAACCACAUGCUAUAUAUAUAUUUGAAUCCUCAUGUCACUGCCCGUUUCUUUGACAAUCAGCUUCUUUCAGUGUUCCCCAGUUUUUUACCCCUUUGCCAAUGAGAACAGUUUAUUUUCCUUGAUUCAAUCUACAGCUUUCAAGGUGGUAAUUACCUGUACCACAUCUCGUAAGUAUCCUCCCCAUUUUCAUGUAGACUGCGCCAUCGUUAACAUAAGCAAAACACAACGUACUGGAGGAACUCAGAGGUCUUCCAACACUUUGUGUUUUGCUCAGAAUACCAGCAUCUGCAGUUUCUUUAGUCCCCAUCUUCAUUAUGUCUUUCAUGCCGAGAAUCAGUUUGGUUAAUCUGUCCUCCAUCCUCUCUCUGAAACUUUCUCACCUGACACCAGGAAUUCAAUAUAGUACUCCAAUUGUAGCCACCCAUGCUUCAUUAUGCCUUUCUUGUUCUUUGACUCCAUUGCUGAUUUGUAUAAAGCCCAGGAUGGACAUAGAACAUAGAUCAGUUAAAAAAUAACCACUGGAUCUGUAAAAUUGCAAUAUAACAUCAAACAGUUCAGCACAAGAGCAGUCCCUUCGACCCACAAUGUCUGUGCUGAACAUGAUGCCAAGAACAGCACUUAUUUAUCUGUACAUAACUCAUAUCUGACCAUUCUCUGCUUAUCCAUAUGCCUCUCUAAAAAUCUUUUAAAUGUAUCAGCUUCAACCAACACAUCAGCACGUUCCGGGCACCCUCUGUGUGUAAAAAAAAAACCCUUAUCCUUUAAACGUUGCCCAUCUCAUCCUAAAGCUAUGCCCUUUAGUAUUUUAUUUUUCCAUCCUGGGAAAAAGGUUCUGACUGUCUACCCCAUCUAUGCCUCUCGUGAUUUUAUAUAUCUUGUAUAAUUUUGACCUCCUUCUUAAUGUAACUUCAUUUUCAGUGAAGGAUGCACAUAGUCUCCCCCCUCCCCCUUCAAAUGGCUCUGUUCUUGUGGUCUUUUAAAAUUGUACACCCUCUCCUUCCUACCAAAAUAUAACUUCAUAUUUCUCGCCAUUUGAUUUCAUUUGUCUCCUGUUUGCACAUUGUACCAGCUGUCUAAUCUCCUUGAUCUUCCUUGAAGUAGUGUCGGUGAAAUUAUGUUGAAAGCAAAAGAUGAAUGGACAAGCUUGAAGGGAGGUUUCAUUUCUGUAGUUGGCGGUGUUUGGAAGAUUUAAUAGGCGAUCAUGUUGAGACAUCCAAUGUAAUAAUAGAAUUUAAUAGUCAGUAGUCAAAGCAAUAGAGUUCCCAAUUUCCUUGUGUUCCACUUCACUAGCUUCCACUUUCAAAAGAUCAUGCUUCAUGAUAUUGUCACCUCCAGUAUAAUACAUUGCUUAGUGCGCUUUCUUUGGAAGAUUGAAGAGCUGAAACCUUUUCUCUUGCCGUGAACAUUUUCCCCAUUUUUUUGUUUCAGUGUGAGGUUUGGAAGGACGUGAUUUUCUUAUUCCUGAUGUCUGUCCUUUACCCUAUAAAUUACUUUACCUGCUCAUCCACCCGGUUCAAACCUAACAGGGAUAUAGCUUCAGAGUGAUCUUGGACCAUACUAAUGACCCUGAUGGUUGGACAAUCAGCCACUUAAGGGCCUGUCCCACUUAGGCAAUUUUUUAACGCGACUACAGGCGACUGACUAGGCUGUCGCUGGGGUGUCGCCUGUAUGGUCGUGAGUCGUCUCCUCAGUCACCCAAACAGUCCUAGCGUCUUUCUGAUCGCCGCAGGAUUUUCAACAUGUUGAAAAAUCACAAAGGAUGCCGUUGUGGCCCAUUACCAGUUCAAUGCCUCAGUUUUGUCCUUGGAAUCUUGGCUCUCCCAGUGGAAUUAUGAUCAACACCUCUAUUUAAAAAGAUGGAACAUGUUGCAUCCCAAUAAACCAACUUGAAUUUCUGUCAGUAAUUUAGUGCAACGGAAGUGAAAUGUUGAAAUGAAAUUUAAAAAAUUGUAGCAGCAUAUAAGUGUUCAGAGAAAAAUAAAAAUCGCCCUUAAGUUUAACCUUAAGUGUCUCAACCCGAAAUGUCACCUAUUCCUUUUCUCCAGAGAUACUGUUUAACCCGCUGAGAUACUCUAGCUCUUUGUGUCUAGGAUUCUAGGUUUGUUUUGGCUUCCUUUGUCAUUACCAACAAGUACAUUGUGUUCAAGAUUGGAAAUGGCAGAAAAGGUUCAAUGAGAUAUGUUCCAAUUAUUUUCCUUUCUCCAAUAGGGACAUUUAUCAUUGAUAACCUAUAUAAAUAAUUUUUUGACCUAGGUAAAUCACAAUAUACUUAAAAAAUAAUGGGAUCACUGAUGAUUAUCAAUAGCAAUCCACCUCUCAUUAAACAGGUGAGGAAAUAAAAGUAUGUGGCUGUUCAGUUUAGCCACUGGAGGAGCCUUGUUGAUGAUAAUUGAGCUGUUUUGUUGAAAUUUGUGUUGUCAUCUGGGAGUUCAGAAAUGUAAAUGCCUGACUUUUGUGCUAGUCUCUGGUUAAUACAAGUCUGUAGCUGUGGAUUUCAUUACACUUCCUGUGGCUGCUUAAAUGUGCAAAUGUGGCAGGAACUUUGCUGGGAGAACUCUAUUCUGCUUCAUGCAUUUUCAUGCACCGUAAGUGGAAGUGCCUAUCUGUGAAAGUUGAUUUUUUUUUUACGUCAAUUCUCAUAUUCCUCAGAUUGUUAUUGUCAAUUAAAAAUUAUUUUAAGCACAAUUGUCAUCAUUAAAGUGGGGCCAACAAUUUUUUUAUUUAUGCCCCCCCUCCCUUGUUUGCCCAAUUCCAGCUGGUUCAAAAUUGUCCGCAUGGCUUUAAUAGCUGUUAUUGUAUGAAAUGUGUUUGAAGCAAUGAAAAAUGGAUUCUGAAAGAAUAGCCUGGUGUAAGUUUGUGUUGGCACCGUUUCGUAAUCCUGCACACACAGUAACUUCGAAGGGUCCUCUAGAGGAUACCAUUAAUGUUAAAAUAAGAGAAUGUGAUAGAUGUGAUGGAAACACAAGGCACUGCAGAUGCUGGUUACUAAAGAAGGACACAAAGUGCUGGGGUAAUUCAGUGGGUUAGGCAGCAUCGCUGAAGAAUAUGGAUAAGUGACAUUUUGGGAUCACCUAUCCAUGUUUGCAAGGUAUUACAGGUAAUCUGGAAGAUGCACAGGAAUCCACUAGUACGAAGGAGAGCUUUCAUUGAUGGCUUUGUAUAAUAGCACAUACAAAUUGGCAGACAGAGCCAGACCAUUGUAUAAACCUACUAAAAUAAACCUAUCCUGCCCUUACCCACUGUUCCUGACACCCUUGAGUGAUAAACAACUGUUCAAAGAGAUAAUAUGUACUUGGAAUAUUUACUCAUGUACAAUAAAACACAACACUGGUUCCAGUCACAACCUAUAGAGGGAACAGAGUUGUCCAUUACUAAAGUUGCACAGUUUGUGUGUUUCCUUUCCAGUCUCCUCUCCAAUCUUUCAAACUGGAAUCCUCCAUAAUUUGGCACAAAAUCUAUCCCUUUCACAACUGACUAAACCUCUUAUUAGUUGAUGUAUAAGCCUUUGCUUGACAAGAAGUAGAUCCAGUUCUUUUAAUCCGUAUCUUUAUGUGAGGAAUCAUUUCCUCAGACUGUAUUAUGAACUUUUAGCCAGCUCCUUGAUGUGAGGGGACCAGAGAUGUAUUAGACGCUCACUGUAUUUGAUGCAUUUAACCAAAGAUCUGCACAAUGACAAAAUGGUGUCCUUCAUCAGUUAUAAAUAUCGCUGUUGCAUUGUUUGCAUUUGCCACCGAUUCUCUAUUAAUUGUGAACAUUCAAUGCUUUGUGCAAAUAACACAGGCAUAAUUUUUUCCGAAACUCCCUGGUCAACUCGUCCCUUCCCACCCAAACUACCCCCUCCGCGGGUACUUUCCCUUGCAACCGCAGGAGAUGCAACAUCUGUCCUUUUACCUCCCCCCUCAACUCUGUCUGAGGACCCAAACAGUCUUUCCAGAUGAGGCAGAGGUUCUCUUGCACCUCAUCCAAUCUCAUCUACUGUGUCCGCUGUUCCAGGUGUCAAUUUCUCUACAUCGGUGAGACCAAGUGCUAACUCGGCGAUCAUUUCGCUGAACACCUCCGCUCAGUCCAUCUUAACCUACCUGAUCUCCCGGUGGCUCAACACUUCAACUCCCCCCUUCCAUUCCCAUCGGAAGAGAACACUCAACUCCCCCUUCCAUUCCCAAUCGAAGGAGACCCAGGACUUUCUGUCCUGGGUCUCCUUCAUUGUCAGAGUGAGUCCCAGCACAAAUUGGAGGAACAGCACCUCAUAUUUCGCAUGGGUAGUUUACACCCUAGCGGUAUGAACACUGACUUGUCUAACUUCAGCCCUUGCUUGCUCUCUCCAUCCCCUCCCCGUUCCCAGUUCUCCCACUAGUCUUACUGUCUCCAACUAUAUUCUAUCUUUGUCCCGCCCCCUCCCCUGACGUCAGUCUGAAGAAGGGUCACGACCCGAAACGUCACCCAUUCUUUCUCCAGAGAUGCUGCCUGACCCGCUGAGUUGCUCCAGCAUUUUGUGUCUACCUUUCAUUUCCUCUUAGCUCCUUUCAGGAUGAAUUCAUGUUGUGGCAAUGUUCUGAGGUGAUUCGACCACACUCAAUAUUACAUUUACCUCGGCCAAAUGUCAUUUACCUUUCUGUGACCUAAUAAAGUGGUGAGCUUAAUUUGUUUGGUUUAGAUUUUGCUCUUCUUUUAUCUCACACUUAUCAAAUGUACCAAUUAUACUGGCACCAACCCUUGGGGACAUCCUCUUUAAAAUUUUGGCCAUUGCCUAAACGAGUAUAAAAGUUCCAACUCAUUCAACAAGGCUCCAGUUAAUUAAAUAACCUUAUGCGAGGCUUCAUGAAAGUUUCAGUGCUUAAUGUCUCACAAGAUUUUACUUCAUGAAUUAACCAAACAACUUCUUUAAAAAAUAUAUUUUGUGUUCAUAAGACAAAACCUUUUCCAGAAUAGUCUCCAAUGGGUUCCUCUCCAAAUAAUGUGCAAGGGCAUCUCUUGGCUUUGCCAAUUGGUCAUGUAGUAUAAGACUAUUUAUAUGUAUUAUUUGAGGAUGAUGACGGGAGUGUGUCUUUCCUGAUGUUCUCGUAUAUAUUUAAAAAAUGACCAGACCAAGGUAGCUAAUAGCAUAUUAUAGCAAGACUUCCUGCUGACCAUCCCCAUUUACCUAUGUAUUGUACACUGCAUAUAAUAUACACAGUGUAUUAUCUACCACUAGGGAACAAUAGAUAAGUGUCGUGUUCAUGAAUGGUAUACUCCACAUGUGUGUUGUUUGUGCAGAUUUGAAAUUCAAAAAUAAAUUUAGCAAUGAAUGCUCCCUGGCAGAUGUAUGACUUCCUCUCCAGUAUUGGAUUUUAAUUAUUUCACUCAUAGCAUUUGCUUCCUUCAACUGUCCUUCCCACCCACCUCUUUACUCGGCCUUGGCCAACCCAAUUGGAUGACUCUGAGAUAUGUGUAAACUUAUAUAAUACGUGACUAUAUUUUCAGCAUUUGCAAGCAGUGAAAUAAAUGUUAUCAAAAUCUAUAAAUAGAUUACAUUAGAUUAAUUUAUUGUCUCAUACACCAAGGUGCAAUAUAAUCCCUUGUUUGCAUGAAGCUCAUAGAGUAAAAAGUAUACAUGGUAAUGAUAGAUAUAACAAUAAAUAAAAUGAAAUAAAUGCAAAACAGCAGACUAGUGCAAUCUGAAUUAAUGCAAAAAAACGCUAAAGUGCAAUAAUGGAAUAACGAUUUAAGAGUAAUAGUAUGUGAGCAGCACCCCCCGGGAAGCGGGUGUAUAAUAUUUAAUUAGUGCAGGAGUCUGACAGCAGUGGAGAGAGAAGAUGUUCUGAGUGUGUGUGCUCUCAAGCUCCUGUAUUGUCUCCCAGGUAGUUGAGAGAAAGGGUAAUGGGCAUCCUCUAUGUUAUACUCCACCACUUACUUCAUACCAAUUGUAAUAUAUGGUGUUUUCUGUCUGCUAAAAUGUAAUUAGUUGGGGUUUUUUUUAAAGUAGCAUGGAAAACAUGUAUUCCCAACAGUACGGUCAAAGUGGCACACUAAGCAAAAUGUAAGUUGAAUAUAACAGUGGCUUGUGUCAUUGAACAAUGCUUUGACAGGGUAGGCGGUAUAGCUGAAAUGUAUGAAAAUGGCUUCUGUACCUUCACACUUCAUACAGUCAGAAUCUUCAAAGCUUGCUUGCCCUUGCAAUGCACCAAAUGAUGCAUUCGUCAGAUCAGGCCGAUAAUGUUGGUUUACAGCACUGCUCCACAAUAUGCAUGCUGACCUAUGUAUUGGCACUGUUAAAAUAGGUGAUAGUGGAUUAGAUCCACAAUGUGUUAUGUGGAGCAAAGUCUUGCAUUGGUCCUGACACAGAUAGAUUUCCCCCCUGGCCUCAUUGAUAUGAACAGCAGCCAAAUCACUGGCCACUCAACUGCUAUCUGUUUGAACAUCCCAUGUGCCAAUCUCUGCUGCUGCAAGUGUAAGUUUGUUUAAAUUCCCGACCAUGAACCAGUGCAUACAUAUUUCUGUUUUCUCCUAUGCAAUGCAUUACAUCUCACCAGCUCCCUUGUCCAGCUGUGGGGAACGAGCUGCAAAGGAAACAGGGUGUUGCUCAAAAUCUCACUGUUGGCCGGUCCACAGAGCAAUGCUGAUAUUGGCACACCACUGAGUUCCUACCAGCUGGCACAAUAAAUUCCAGAACAGCCCACCACAUUAAAAUGACAGGAACUUGGAGAUCACAAUAUGUAUCCGUGGAAAGUAUGUUGCACAUUUGAUCUCUCUCAAUUUGAAAAGCCUCGUGAGACAGAGCUUUCCUGUACUGAAAAAUUCCUGAAGUAUGAGUUUCUUAUGUGACAGUAUCCAGAUAGCUUAAUUCUAUAGCUAUAAAGCUCUUUUUUUUUCAGUUCAGAAUACGUUCAUGCCAUUUGAUGUUUGCAUUCUUUUGUUUUAACAAAUAAUGACAUUUUCUGCUCUGAUUAUUUACAUUCCUUCAAACCCUGCACUAAGCUGCAUUUCUCUUGUAACCAAUAAUGUGCAUCUUGUUGUAACCAAAGUCUUAUCUAUGUAACCUGUACUUAUAUCCAUGUUCUUUUUGCUUCCAACAGAACUAAUUUUGCUUUUCUGAUUCCCAAUUGAAAUAAUGUACAUGUGAACUGCCUGUAAAAAUGCUGUCUCUUCACUCUAAAGGUUGAUGUGUCGCCAACCUAUGCAACCUGUAUUACUGUAGUUUCUAAUCAUUGUGGAUUAUCAAGUAGGUUUCUUAAAGAUCAGUCUUUUCUCCCUCUUUGGUUUUAUAUUCAUACGAGUAAAAAUAUACAAUUGUGAGUUGUUAUUCCAGCUGCAGUAUUGUGCAAUUCUAGUGUAAUGUGAUGUCUGUUGUUACAUGCACCUUUCAGAACCAAGGGAGGUGCUGUGGUUUAAUUAAAAUUUAAAAAAAGGUUUCAUUUAAAGGAUCUACUGAGAUCAGUGCAAGUACCAAACUCUACACUGGUUUUGUAACAAAACUAGGACAGCAAUUAUAUAACUGCUUCAAGAGGCUUUGAUUUGCUUUGAUUUUACUGUGAUUUUCAAAGCUUCAGUAUCUCUCUUGCUCUCUCAUUCUCUCGCUCAUUCUCUCUCUCUCGUUCUCUCUCUCUCUCCUCUUGUUCUCUCUCUCGGUGUCGCUCUCUCUCUUGCUCUCUCUCACUCUAUCGCCCUCUUGUUCUCUCUCUCUCACUCCUCUCUCUCUCUCAUGGUCUCCUGCUCGCUCACCCUUUUGCUCACCCUCUCGCUCACACUCUCCCCUUGCACACCUAUACACAUAACGUACACACUUGUUCACACGGAUUGUGUUUCAUUUCUCUUUCACCACAUGGAACACUGCGUCCAUAUCAGACAUUUAGAGUGCACCUACUUUAUUUUGAUAUUUUUUCCCUCUGAGGGUUUGUUUCUGUUUUAAUGCUGCCUAAGCGUGUAAGCUAUCACACAUGGUGUGACACUGCCAGGCAAAACCCCCGUCCUGUGUUAAGUAUAUUUCCAGAAGUCGCAGAGGCGCAACAUGUAACAUGCAAUCUCACCCCUGCCCCUCCCAACUUCCCAGAUUUCAUCGCGGCCUUCUGGCCAAAACGCAAUUUUGCUGUAAAAACUCAAGGCUUGUGCAAACCCCCCUGAAGGAGAGAUACUCCAGCUUCUAGUUUCUGCAAUCAGAACACAUAUUGGCAUGCUUCUCAGUAGUUUGCAUUAAAUGGUGCAGAAGAGUGAAUGUUUGCAGCAUUAUUGAGCAGAGUAAAGCUACAAAUCAGAGUAUUUUUGUACAGAUUCUAGUGUCUAAAGGGGGGUCUUGCUGAUGACGACGUUGUAUCUAUACUUCACAGUGUAAUGUAUCCAAGUGAUUCAUUUUCCCAAUAAAUAAUGUUUGAUGCAUAUAUCUUAAAAUAAAUCUUGUAUGUGUGUUAA